GGCGUUUGCGUCAGAAAACCUCGCGCGGCAGAAAAAUUUCAGCUCUUAGCAGUGAAAAUUGCGUCUCAACUCAAGAGAUCAAAAAACGACUGAUGCAAGUCUAUAGUCUUCCGGAGCUCCGGCUGUGGCCUGAUAAGUCGGCCAAACUCUACGCGAUCCGGCGAUUCUUAGGAGGCAGCGCCACCUCCCGGAUUCGAGGAAAACUACUCGUAGCUAUCACCACUAUCAUCGUCCUUUUCGCAUUAAUCGUCAGCUUAUGGAGUCGCCGCCAAGAACCGGUUGGGCGCCACAACAACGCUUUGGGGAAUGAAAGCAAAGGUCUGGAACUUGGCGAGAUAUCAGCGGGCCCAUUCACUCACCAUCAUUUCGAAUCAACCGCUCGCGAUGGUCUACGAGCUGAGAUUAAAAAAUCAGCGAAUCCUAUUGAUUCAGACAACGAGUCAACUGCAAACUUGCUUCGAACCAAACUGCCACGUCUUCAAAGAGACAGAUGAUAGAGAAGUUUACAAAAUUUACACGGAAAAAAAUAGAUUGCUGAUUUGACAAUUAAAUUGUUGAAAAAAUAUAUCCAACAUAUUUCAAAUGUACAUUCAACAAUAAUGGAAAGCUAUAAUUUAACUACGGGGAUGGUUGAAUUAGCAUUGUUGCAUUGUAAAAGCUACAUUGAAACAUGUCGGACACUUUUUUUAACCACAAAACUGUUAAAUCAGCAAAUUUUAUUUUUUUUCCGGGUACAAUUCUUAAAAAAACAGACUCGAAAAACUCUGCACGAAUUUUGGGUUGCAAAACAUGCCCAAAAUUAUGUCGAAAUUGUUCCCUUUCUUUUUCCCUCCUUUCUUUUUUCCAUGUGCACAGCCAAAAAAAAUGAGAGAAAGGUAAUCGUCACUCAAGGACUUCACUGCAGCGGUUACAAUGUCACAUACCAUUUUAUAUUCCAACUUCUUUGAAUAUCAUUAAGCGAGUCCUCCAAGUUUGAUUUUUUUAUUCAUACCAGGAAGCUAAACAAGAAUGUCAAUCGUUUAUUUGUUGGGAGUUCGUACGAUUUUAUUUUCAUAAGAAAUAGUUUUUUUAUGAAAACAAUUCUUAUCAAAAAUACUUCUACUUUAAUUACUUGUAAACUUGUGUAAUUACGUAUUUUUUACCGUGCAAUAUAUUACUUUUAA